AUGCCGGAAGCGGAUAGGAGCUUCGACCUCCGGACGGGUCGCACUCAAGCAUACCGGAAGAACGCCUCCCGCCUUUGGCGCUUUGAGGACCUGAAAGGCGUCUCCAACUGUUGUCAUGACCGUCGCCUAUUGUUCGCCAACCGUCGACUUGGGACCGUCAUUGGUGACGUCAUUGGUGACCUCAUUGACGACAUCAUUGACGACCUCAAUGACGACCUCAUUGACGACCUCAUUGGCGACCUCAUUGACGACAUCAUUGGCGACCUCAUUGGCGACCUCAUUGACGACAUCAUUGACGACCUCAUUGGCGACCUCAUUGACGACAUCAUUGGCGACCUCAUUGACGACAUCAUUGACGACAUCAUUGGCGACCUCAUUGACGACAUCAUUGGCGACAUCAUUGGCGACCUCAUUGACGACCUCAUUGGCGACCUCAUUGACGACCAUCUCACAAGAUAG